UUAUAUUGAAAUUGUCAAGCUAUUGGUUGACUUGGAAAAAUAUAAAAUAGGGAGGACUCGAAACCCUUUGUCAUUAGCUACCAGCUGCUGAAACACAGGCAGAGCUGGCCAGUCUGCAAGGCUAUCUUGGUAUCUUGGACUGCUGGCAUGUAGACAGCAGGGCUUCAAUGAAUUGGACGUUCAAAAAGCACAUAUGGGAAACAUUUUCUUUUCAUCGUCAACAAAGGAACCAAUGAGCAAAAGAAGGAAAGACUCUAUGGGUGAAAUGUCACCAUCAGUCUCUCAGACAAUGUUUCCCAUCAACUGGCAAAGCAUGCCAUCAAAAGUUACAAAGGAAUUCCCAGAGAAGGCAACAGCUGCCCAUUCCGUGCCUUGGAAUAAGCCGACUCUCAGUAAUAAUAAGCCUGACCAGGUGCAAAUUCAAAGUCUGGGGGAAUGUUUUCAAUUGCUCACAGACAUGGCCAAGGAGCUAGAGGAUAUCAAUAAGGGCAGAAAUAAAAGCACACUGGAAAGACAGAAGAAAGGUGCAGGAGAAGACUCUGUGCCAGUCGAUGUAGAGAGCAGCAAGAGUCUCAUUCUGUCAUGGGCCAAAGAACUGGACAGACUCAACAUGUCAAGAGGAGUGACAAAGAAAGCAUCUGUGAAAGCAGAGGUUACAGAAAUGAAGGAUAAAGAUGUGUGUGAUAUCUCAAAAGACAGUGAGAGGAUCAUGAAGUGGGCACAAGAGUUACAGACUGUCACAGAGAACUUGUGUCUGACAGAUGGAGAUCUAAAGCAUAUUCUUACAAACCACAGAGAAAAGCACAGAAAGCUAGAUGAGGUUCUUCCCUUUCUGGAGUUUGUGGUGUGGUCUCUUCUCUCACAUGACACUGAGGAGGAUGUUUCAAAAAUGUGGCUGCCUGCUAAGCAGAGAACAUGGAAGACAAGCAGCCAGAAAUAUAUUCCUAAUUCAGUUUGGCAGUGGAUUCAGAGUGCUGCAGUUGAUGUGCUUCUAGAUUCCAGUUCAUGCCACCCCUGGCUGUAUGUGUCAAAAGACAAACUGAAAGUGUAUGAACUGCACAAUCCCCCUCAACAACAGCAACGGGAAAACCCUCAAAUUUUUGACAAGCAGCCUUUUGUCCUAGGGCUCAACGGAUUCUCCACUGGGAGACAUUACUGGGAGGUGAAGGUGCCAGCAGAAGGAAAAUGGAGGUUAGGGGUAGCAGCCAAAUCUGCUCAAAGAAAAGGCCGCUUCCACAUUGCCCCAGGUACAGGCUACUGGACUAUUUGUAACAGGCCUGAGAGACUGCAGGCAUGCACUGAUCCCCGUACUGAGCUACCGAAUUCUGUACCACUUCAGGUGGUUGGGGUUUAUGUGGACUAUGAGGAAGGACAAGUUUCCUUCUAUAAUGGUAAAAGCAGGUUCCAUAUCUACACUUUCUCCCAGACUUUUAGAGAAGUGCUUUUCCCUGUUUUUGCUUGUCUGGAUGGGAACACUAUGCUAAAAAUCUGUACAUCAUAAAUCUCUGUAUUUCAUGAAAAGCAAGAACUGAUUCAAGAAUACUGUCCAAGCAUUGUGCAUUUGUGAUUGGAAUGGUGAAUAACAUUCAAGGGUGCAAGGUGGAGAUAGAAAUGACCCAAAUAUAAUAAUAAUAAUAAUAAUAAUAAUAAUAAUAAUAAUAAUAAUAAUAAUAAUAAUAAUAAUAAUAAUAAUAUUUGAACUAAUUGUCACACUAGGAUGUUAAUCACUAAUUAUAAUUAAUUAGAUUAAUUAAGUAUGUUAAUCAAAUGUGUCCUUUAUAUUACUAUAUGGUGUUAUUUUGUUUACUCACUUGUAUAUGUAGUUAUUUUAGAUCAAAUAUAUGGUUGCAAUAUAUAAAGGUGGUAAGAUUUUGAGUCAGAGUAACAUUUUAGUUACAUGAGAUGGCCUGACUCCUGAUUUGGUAUAUCAUUACUAAAAUCAUUUCAGCUGACCAAAUUUGUAUAUGUGUAUAUGCAUGUUUACAUCUAAAGGUGACAUGCAAUUAAAUGUUCCUUCAUUUUCCUUUCUCUUCUUUUUUCUUUACUUUACUUAAACAUUUUAUAGAG